CGCAGGCAGAUUGGGAGGCUUUCAUCUAACGUUUUCUGUGAUAUUGUGUUUAAAGCUUAACAAAUAGUUUUCGUUUGCUUUUAAUGCACGCUAUAUAAAUAUUUUAAGUUCUGUUUUCUAAUUCUACAAAAAGAGGUAUAUGCUAUGAACUUUUCUUUAUCUGUGUGAAUAUUAAUUUUAUCGAUAUAAACGAAAAUGGCAUGAACGUACUGAAAACAGAAUACUCGCUGAUUAGUGAAUACAAAUUACAUUCACUGAAUCAGUCACUAGUACUACUACUACUAGUAUUACUAUUACGCUUCUACUAUUAAAAUUAUUAAAUUAAUAUUUACUAGUACGAACCACUGUUGCCACUGCUACUAGUUCCACCAGUAUCGAGUUAAGCUAAAUAUGAUAAGAUACGACAAUUACUACAAGGUUAGCUGUAUCAAAACAUUGUGGUUCAAGACCUUGGAAUUUAAUCACUUAUGACAAAACCUAAGAAAUCUUUCGUUGAGUUUGGUGUUUUUAACAGUCUUAAGAAACAAUGGGGCGCAAAUUUAAUUUUUCCCACUUGAGUGACAGAGAAUGUGAAAGGAUUAUAAAUGUUAUUCAGAGAGAUUUUCAGCUUCGGCGUCGGGAACAAGAAAGGCUAACUAAAAUUGAAGGGGAAUUAAAUGAAAUGUCUUCAAAAAGAAGUGUGUUGGCAAAACGUAAAGAAUUUAAUGAAAAAUGUUGUAUCCUGUGUUGUUCUUCCUUUAACCUCCUGUUCAACAAGAAACUGCCUUGUCGGGAUUGUCAUUUCUUUGUAUGUCGUAACUGUGCCUCCUGGGAAAGCCAAGAGAAAGUCUGGUUAUGCCGUGUAUGUGAACAACAAAGGGUGUUGUAUUCCCAGUCGUGUGAAUGGUUUUAUGAUCACAUGAAGCAGAGGUUCAAGCAUUUUGGAAGUGCAAAGGUUCUCACUACGUUAUAUGCGGCAAAAAAGGAAUCAGCAGAUAGUGAAAAUGACUCAGGAUAUGGUCCUAGCCCUUCUGUGGUUUCAUCAGAUGGGUUAGGGAAGCCUUCUAAGUCCCUUUUUGCUGUGUUUUCAACCAAGUCUGCAGCAGAACAUACAGAGACUGCCUCAAAUGCAGCUCUUGUAAAUAAGGAUGAAGACUUGUUUGAUAAAGGACUUGAGGAAGUCAGACAACAUAUUGAGACAGUGAUAGAAGGUUUUCUUGGAGAGUCACUUGAUUCUGCACCUGUUGAUAAACCUUAUUCCCAUCCACUUUAUAUCCAUCUUUUAAAUGAUCAUCAUACUCAGUUAGUUGAGGCUGUUACUUGCCUUUCCCAAGCACUGUACUUGGCUUUACAAAAAAAACCUUUUGAAAAUGGCAUUACACCAACAAGUGCUCAUGCAAAUCUAAAACAAGUAUUUCAGCGAAUAACAGAAGAAGCUUCAGAAUUGCCAAAGCUUGAGGUUCAUGAGGAUGAGAACAUUGUUGGAAGCCGAAGGAGUUCCAGCGCAUCUAUUUCUACAAAUGGAGGCUUUUCUGAUCUUUUCACAUCCUAUGAAGAACUAAUAGCUACAGCAAUAAUCAACAAAAUAGUUUCCAAGCAACAGCAACAGUACAAAACAGAGACGGAUUCAACUGAUGUUCCAGAUUCUGGCCAACAAACGGUAGAAAAGAAAUGUUGCAGCCCAGUUGCUGAAAUGCCAUCAGCAAAUAUCAAUGGAACCAGUGUGGAUAUAGGAACACAGUCUGAUAUUAAUGAAGCUGCCAUUACUGACACUGAUAGUAGCAAAGCUGUCAGUACAGAUAAAGGUUUGAGUGAAAGUGAAGAAAACAGUGAGGAUGACUUGGAAUGGGCAAGAGGAUUAGGAAAAGAGCAAGAACCCAUUGAAUACGUGGUAGAAGAACAGGUUGAAGAAAUUACAGAGGCUUUCACAGACUCUGGGGAAGAUGAAGAGAGAACUACUGAAGUUUAUAGCUUGGCAGAAUCUCCUAUUACUAAAACAGUGGUUGAAAGGGAUACUAAUGUACCUGACCUGGAUGUCUUAUAUGCUUGGGACCUAUCUGAUUGCAGGAGGGUGCCAUUUCCUGAGCUUGGUGUGGACAUUGUUGCAGGAGGAGACUAUGAGGAUGAUGAAGAUUAUAAUGAUCCAGGUCAAAAGUAUUCAGAUAUUACAUCUUGGGAAGAUAACUGGUUGUUUCAGAAGAAGAAAUUGCCAUUUGGGAAUUUGGGCUUUCGACGAGUCACCCAGUAUUAUGAUCCACUUUCAAUGCUCAUCCCUAAUCCUAGUGAAACAGUAAAAACAAGAGUUGGUUCAAGGGACUUGGAUGAGCUGUCAGAUCUUACGGAGAGAAACUCGGCUGGAUCUCCGGACUUGCAGAGUGAUAGCGAAUCUGAAGAAGAAAGUCUGUCUCCAAAAAUAGAAGCAUGUCCAGAACUGCUCCAACUGGCUAGGAACAUUGUUUCUGAGUUUGGACUUAUAGGGAAAGAAAACUCUUCCGAAAGAAUAGUCAAUGAAAAUCGGGUUUCACCUAUUAAAAACCAAGUUUCUCCAAGUCAAUUUCAGGUUUCUCCCAAUAAGAACCAGGUUUCUGGCAAUAAAGAUAACCUUUCUGACUUUCAAAAACAGCCUUUAUCCUUAGAGUGCCCUGUUCCAAAACCACGAAGAACAGUUUCACCUCUUCCAACCAAAUUGCAGCUUUCUGUUCCUGCUUAUCAGUCUCCAAGUUCAAGAAAACCACCAACUUCCAAUCCACGUUUUGUUGAAGAACCGGACAGUGUCAGUAUUCAUGAAGGAAAAGUUGCUCGUUUUCUCUGUAGUGUUUAUGGCUCAAGGCCACUGGAUGUAGCAUGGUUCAAAGAUGGUGAUCUGCUUACUAACGGUGAUAGGUAUCAAAUAUGUUUCAUGAGAGGGAGACAUCUUUUGGAAAUUUAUGAUUCAGAGACAAAAGACUCUGGAACUUAUUCUUGUGUGGUGUUUAAUAAUGAAGGUCAACAUUGGUCAGAUUUCACACUGAAAGUUAAAGAGACUAGCCGAGCUUGGAAUCCUCCUUCAUUUGUUGAGCCAUUACGCGUGGUAGAAGGGGCUGAAGGAUUUUUGGGAAGGCUACGCUGUACUGUAAGUGGAUACCCAGAGCCUCGACUUGUAUUGUAUCAUAAUGAUCAGCUCUUGAAUGUAGGAGGAAAGGUGACUGUUGAGUGUGAAGGGUAUGGUGAAUGGCUCAUUGAAAUUCAAAGACUUACACCUGAGGAUCAGGGGGAAUACACAGUAGUUGCUGUUAAUAAACAAGGAAGACUGUCAUCUAGAACAAUGCUUAACUUCAGUAAUCUUGAUGAAACAGAAAACAAAAAAGAAGACAUCAACAAACCAGACUUCAGUUGCAACAGAUCUGAAAAUGUUACGAAGCAAGUGGUUAAGAACAAUUCUUCUUCCACAUGUCAUGUUUCUCAGAGAACAUGGCCCGAAAAGGUGGCAGAAAAAGAGAAAAAAGAUGAUAACACAGAGAACCAGGAUUUGUCCCUAAAUCCAAAAUAUCAUUCUGUUCAUCCAGUCCAUGUUCCCCAGAGAACGUGGCCAGAAAGAGUAGCAGAAAAAGAAAAAAAAGAUGCCAUGACAAAGGAAUCAAAAUUGUGUAAAGAGAACUCUUCAAGGAAGGCUCAUGAAUUGACGUCUGAGAAUAGAAAUGUGGAAAAUUUUGAGAAUGCUUCAGAGAAAGGGUUCUUUCCAGGUAUUGACUUGCAUGCUCCUCCACGACCAGGUACAAUAGCUGAAAGAGAACACAAGAAAUGGAUGAAUGCAGUCCCACUGGCCAACAAUCCUUACACUGCAGAAAACCUGUCCAAAAGGAUGAACCGAAAAGUUUCAGAAGCAGUCAUUCCUACUCGACCUAUGACGUUUCAAGAUUUUGAAAAGCAGAUGGUUGUUGAAGAAAAGCCUCUUAAUGAUGGGGUGACUUCUUCAGACUGUUUCAGUAGUUCUGAUGAUAGGUGUUCACAAUAUAAACGUGACUAUUAUGUUAACGACCUUUUGAAAUCCACAAGAGAGAAAAUUACACAGGAAAAAUCUACUGCUGUAAAGAAAGACAAAGAGCCCCCAGUAAAUUAUCAUAUGCUAGAUGAACCUGAAGAAACUUUGAAUUCAUUGGAAGAAACGGUUUGUACAAGUGCUAGAAAAGUGUUCACCCUAGAAGACCGAAUUCGCAAGCUGGAGAAAGAAGUGCAGUCUGCGACUGCUGCCAUUUCAGACAAUGAACUGGUACAACUUGAGGCAAAAAUUGCUCAAACUGCUUCCCAGGUGGCUCAGAGUGACAGACAAGUUUCCCAGAUAGAAAAAAAUGUUGUUCAGACACAAAAUGCUCUCCAGCAAAGUGGGCCGAGGAGAAACAGUGGUAAUGUGAGAACACCUUCAUCUGGCACUACUUCUGACCAUUUUCAAAGCCCUCUCAGUGAAUCCCAGUCUGAAGAUGGUCUUCAUAGAGGACAGAGUGAUGAUGAAGAAAUGUCUUUACCAUCUGUGAAAGAUUUAGCUAGUAGGUUCCUAGCAGUAUCUGCUACAACUAAACCCAAGCCAUCACCUAGGAAUACUGGGAUAUCAAAAGCUCUGAUGCAAGAGAAACCAGUUGUGGUGGUAGAAAAACAAGAAGAGAAGGAACUAUCUCCGACUCCCAGGAAAAACACAUCACUAGCAACCACUAAGUCCAACUUCAAGGUAUUAGAGGAAGAUGUUUCUGUCAAGAAAAAUAUCCUGAAAGUGAAAGAAGAUAAAGAAAAGGUUAAACAGAGUCACAGCAGAGUGUUACAAGAGGAGCAGUCAUCUUCUGCUGCCUCUGCUCCAAGCCCACUGCUUCCCCUAAAGGACUGUCUAAUGGUGCCCGAUUGUGGGGCAAGCAUUAAAAGGGUUCAUAGUUUGACUGCCCGCUCUAUGUCCAAGGAAUUUAGAGAGAAAACUUUCAAACAUUUUCCACGCUCCCUGAAUCGUCCUUUGUCUGUUUCUCAAAAUGAAAAUCAUUCAAAAGAAGAUGCCCAACAGGAUAGUAGAGGAAGUAGCCCUAGUAUGCCUCCAAGCCCAGUGCCAGUAAUUGAAAGCUCUGUUGACCCGACCCACGGGUAUACUUCAGAUGAAAGCACUACAAGUAAUAACUCGCUACCUCGACACCGAACACGUCGUCGUCCAGCUCGCUCGAUUCUGCAGAGAGCCUCAUUUUGGGAGAGACGGUUAGAGCAAGGGCUAAUGUCAGAUAAUUCAGUCAGUGAGGAUUUUCCACAGUUGGAGGAGGAGGAUGUUCCACAUUAAAACCAAGAGCGCCUUUGCUUUCUUGUAAAUACUUUGCAUUAUCAGUUGGUUGCAGCCUGUAAUGAAAAAUUAAGAUAAUACAAAACAAAAAAAGUCAAUUUCCCCAUCUUUAUCCUUCCAGUCAUACAGUAGUCAUGUGAGGGUGGAUUAACAAGAAAUUCAAACUUACUGAGAUUGUGCUUUGAUUGUAUUUUACUUGAAUGAGUACCACAAGACUCCAGUAAUGUACAAGAAUUACUAUUAUUCCUCCCAUAUUGCUUCGAAAGGGAAAACGGAAGUACCUUUUACACAUGUAAUGACAAUAUGAAAAGUUCUGUCACUGCCGUUACUUUUUCUUUUAGUUCAAACAUUCAUUUCUCCAAUAUCAGUGUCAACCCUGUAAAGUACAUCGUUGAAAGUACACGUAGCAAAUUUUGUGCCUCUUUUAUGUGUAUCAUAGUAAAUUUUUUUAAGAAUUAACCAGCUCAGUAUAAUAUUAGGCUGUAUUUAAAAAAAAAAGUGUACAUUUUUUUGAUACAUUCUGCACUUAAUCCAUUAAUCAGAUACAUAGCUUUUAAAGAUUACUGUUUUCAUAUCAAUUAAAAAUAAUUCAGAAUAAAAAAUUUCACUUAUAGAAUUUAGAGUUAGUUUUUUUUUUGAAUGGUAAUUUUUUUUUCCUUUCCUUGAGUAAAAAUCUAUUGUUGAUAUUCAUGGAGCAAUGGUGAAUUUGAAAUUAUACAAGAAAUUCACUUUUUUUUGCUCAGUUAGUACAUUUGAUAUAUAUUAAUGCUGGUUAUUGAUGCAUGUUAAAGUAUCCAAGGAAAUGGACACAGGUAACAAACACAUGAUGCUAUUGCACUGAAGCAUUUGAAACCAUAGCUCUAUAUAUAUAUAUGUAGAUAAUUAGUGACAAAAGAAAAGAUGUUAACAUAUGACCUUUUCUGUAUUUUUAGGGCUAAAAAUGAUGAAUAAGAAGCUUUGCCUCUUAUUGUUUACUAAACUUUUUUUUUGGAAGGUAUGCUUACAAAAAUGAAUGUUCUGGCCUUUGAACAUAUAAAUAUAUAUGUCUCAAAUUCAUUAAGUAUUCUACUGCUUUAACGUUUUCACUGUAAAUCAGCUUCCUUGAAUUAAAAUUUUGUUUCAAAGAGUGGUUUAUUAGUAAUGAAACGAUUAAAUCAUAGUUGAUCUUGUCUGUCAUUAGCUUAUGAAGUUAAUAUAUUUAGGAGGCUUUUGAAAAUUAAUUUUUAAACAAUAUAUGAUUUCUUUCAGAGUUUGUGGUCAGUUGAUUUAAAUUUGGAAAUAUAAGAUAUAUCUGUCUCCUAGUGAUGUAUGUACUUAUCAGAGGAGUUGAUUUAAACACCAGUUUAAUAAUAAACCAGGAAGUAAAUAUAAAAACCUCCCUUUUUUUUGGAAAAAAAAAAGGCUUGGGGUUUUUUUCAUAACUUAAUCUCGUUGUUUUUUGUUUUUUCUAAGCAAAGAAAAGAGAUCUUAGGACAAGGUCCUUCUUAACCAUUUUACAUUAAUUUCUGGUGGAGCUUUAUCAAAUUUGUUCAUAGAAAUUUAGGAUUUAAGGCAGGUUUCAGUGGAUAGUGCAUUUAUCAAAGUAGUUUAUUAUAAAGUUACUGUUUUUAUUUUCUGGAGAGUUGUAUAUGUGAACCAGUUGGUUAUGCCAAAGUCUGUGAACUUAGAUCUAACAGCUGUUAUUACAUGUUGUGCUGGAUAAAUUGUUGAUUUUAACUUGAAAAGAUGAGACAUUUUCAAAAUGAUGUUGAAGGGCAGAUAGUGAGGCAGACUUUCCAUUCCUACAAAGUUGUGCCGAGAGGAGACUAUCCUCUGUGUUGUGCCGAGAGGAGACUAUCCUCUGUGUUGUGCCGAGAGGAGACUAUCCUCUGUGUUGUGCCGAGAGGAGACUAUCCUCUGUGUUGUGCCGAGAGGAGACUAUCCUCUGUGCCAAAAUACAUAUCAAAGUGAUGGGAAUGCAUUGAUUUUUGUACCUAUCUAUAAAACCAGAGUUCUAUAUUUCGAGCUUUUAUAUGAUUGGGUGAGGUUAGGUUUACAGUAGUUUACUGUAAUUAUUCCUGUUGUACAAUUAUCUUCAGUAUUGCCUAAGAGGUUGUUUUUUUUAAUAUAUCUUGGUAUGUGGAAGCUUUAAGUAUUUAUGGUGGUAUCUUUGUGGUGAAUUGUGUUGAAAUAUCUGCUAGCACAGCUUCAGAUCUCCAGAGGUCAAUUUCAUGGAACUUCAUAUAACUUAUGAACAAUUUUUGUCUUAAAGGUUUCGUGUUUUUGUUUUUUCACUAUAUAUAUAUAUAUAUAUACACACACACACACAAAAUAUAAUUUGCUUUGUGAAACAGUAUUAAAAUGUCACCGAUUGAAAAAAUUGGAACUUUAUGAAUGCUUGUAUUAUGAUGAUUUGAUAUGGUUUAAUGACUUUAUUAAUAGCAGUGUUGUAAUCUACAACUAAAGAUAUGAAUUUUAUUUUACUACUUUGAUUAGUUAAGAAAAAAAGUUCUGAGCAGUUGUUAAAUUGAACAAGUUAAGACAAUAUAGUAUUUUUAAUAGUUGAAAUUGUUAUAUAUAUACGGACAUCUUUUUGUUAUCAUGAUUCGUUUACAUUUUAAUCUUCCUUUAAUUUCAUCUAAUAUUCAAAGUUAUGGAAAUAAAAGUUUUCGUACGUACAUGUCAGUAUGUAAAUACUUGUUAGUAUGAUUUCUAUUUUAUUGUGAAUAUUGGCUUGUAGAGUUUGUCAGUAAACCUCACGGGCGAAAAGAAAGUCGUGAUUUUGUACGUGAAGUUUGCUUUGUUCUUUUUAUGGUUUGUGUCGUACAGUAUAAUUUAUUACGGGUGACGGUUAACUAAUUGGUUGAACUGUAUACCUGCAGGUGAUGUGCAACCUAAGUUUUAUUGAUCUUGAAUAUAAGAAACGGUGGCCAGUUGGUUUGAAAUUUAUAUGCGUCAUUAAGCAUUUUGGUACAGGAUGUUUCAAUGCUGAAAUGUGCGUUAACCUUGGAUACAAACGUUUUACGUUGCUUGUGUAGAGUUGUGACUUGAUGUAAUACAUUUCAUAUUUUUGUACUACGUUAAAUUCAUAAGUUAAUGUUUUGAAAUGCGUUUCCACACCACUGAUAACAACAACAACAACAAAAAAAAAUGUAAAAACAACAACCAGGAAAUCUAUCUACAUCCUUGUACUUCCAACUCAAGAAGAAGAAAAUGGAAAAUGAUUUUCUUUGUGAAAUUCUAAAAAUAAUAUACCACGUGUGUUUGGGGAGGAGGAACCCUGUACUGAAAAAAUGUAAAAGAGUAUACUGACGUCACACUGCUGGCUGUAAUAAUCUGCUGCCUUGAUUUAUAAAUAUAUCUUUGAUCAGAGCAAAAGUUGUUGAAAAGCAAUUAAUUGGUGGUCUUUUGGGUUUUUCUUUAAUUUUUCACGUUACGAGGGUUUAGCAGUCUAGAUUUAAGAAACAGGUUUAGAGAGAAAAUUUUGAUUAUAGUUCGGAUGAAAUGUGCUAAAAAAAAUAAAUCAAUUUCGUUUAUGAACUUAGAUAAUGUUCAAGACAGCGUUUUGUGUGCUAAAUGACUGAACCAUUUUCUAAACUCGUUGUCGCUCUUGUGAACAAUUACCAGAACUAAAACAAUAAGAGACAUGGUUACUUUUAGUCGAUUUUAAAAACAAAUUAAAUAAUUUCGCCCUGGGCAGUGCGUUUGUGUGUAUAUAUAAUUAUUAUUAUUAUUAUUUGGCAGCUUUGUUUUGCCAGAUUUAGCUGUUUGGUUUAAAGGUUCUUAUAACUCAAGUAUUUAUUCACGUAUAAUGCUUUGUGAAGGAUCUGUAUAUUUUCCUGUUAGCUUUUUAAACAAACUUUUAAAUUUGUUCUUUCUUGUAUGUUAAAUAUAUUUUAAACUAUUAUUUCACUUGUAGAAAAUGAAACAGCGUCAUAACGUAAGGUACAUUAGCAUCAAGAAAGCUUGCUUCUAUUCACACCUUGCCCGGCAUCGCCGAGUGGUCAGGGCGUUUGACUCGCCUUUCAGUCGUGGGGGUGUUAUAAUGUACGGUCAAUCCCACUAUUCGUUGGUAAGAGAGUAGCACAAGAGUUGGCGGUGGGUGGUGAUGACUAUCUGCCUUCUCUUUAAUCUUUCACUGCGAAUUUAGGGACGGCUAGCGCAGAUAGCCCUCGUGUAGCUUUGCGCGAAAUUCAAAACCAAAUUAUUCAAACCUGUCAAGUUUUUGGUUGUUAAUUCUGUACCGGUCUAUUUUUCUUGUAACUGAUUGACUGAAUCACAUCUUUACGUGUAAUUUAUCACCUGCUGGUAAAUCAAUUAAUUCGGACGCAGGCGUCAUGUGGAUAUAAAGAGUUGUUAUUAAAUUUAUGCUUUACACAAUUCGUGUAAAUCGAAAUUAGUUUUAGUAGAAACCAAUUUGACAAAUUCUUUGUCUGUUGUACAUUAAAAAUAUGCCAUUUAUUAAACUUCAUGUUGUAACUUGAAAAACGUUUUUCGAGUACAGUUUACAUAUAUAUAACUUGCUCACGAAAAUCUUCAAGCUUUUGUAUGUUAUUAUAUGCUAAUAAAAUGUACAUUCUA